AAAUUUCAUUAUCUCCCGUCGUCGCGACCUUCUCAGACAACAGAACCAAAUCCUCGGCGGCGAUUGAAGAAACCUUUCCGAUGGAUCUGCUCAGGGAAGAGAUUCUGAAGAAACGUAAGAGUCUAGCUGAGGAAUCUGGUGGUAAGAAGUUCUUCAAGCGGUCUGAGAUCGAGCAGAAGAAAAUCCAGAAGCUUCGAGAGGAAGAACGACGCGAGCACGAGCUUAAGGCUCAGCGGAGAGCCGCCGCCGCCGCUUCCGGUGGAGAUGGAAAAUCAUCCGGCUCUGCUCCUGGUUCUUCUAACGCAGCUACGUCUGCGUCUUCCAAAUCCUCUGCAUCGGACGCUGCUGCUAUCGCCGAUUCAAAAGCCCUAACCGACGAAAACCUAAUUCUCCCGAGGCAGGAAGUGAUUCGUCGUUUGAGAUUCCUUAAGCAGCCGAUGACUCUCUUCGGAGAAGAUGAUCAAUCGCGGCUCGAUCGACUCAAGUACGUUUUGAAGGAAGGAUUGUUCGAGGUUGAUAGUGAUAUGACUGAAGGACAGACGAAUGAUUUCUUGCGUGACAUCGCAGAGCUUAAGAAGAGGCAGAAGAGUGGUAUGAUGGGAGAUAGGAAGAGGAAGAGUAGAGAUGAGAGAGGAAGAGACGAAGGUGAUAGAGGUGAAACAAGGGAAGAUGAACUUAGUGGUGGUGAAUCGAGUGAUGUUGAUGCUGAUAAAGAUAUGAAACGUUUGAAAGCUAACUUUGAGGAUCUAUGCGAUGAGGAUAAGAUCCUUGUGUUUUAUAAGAAGCUGUUGAUUGAAUGGAAACAGGAGCUUGAUGCGAUGGAGAACACUGAGAGGAGAACUGCAAAAGGGAAACAGAUGGUAGCCACUUUUAAGCAGUGUGCUAGGUAUCUAGUUCCUCUCUUCAACUUAUGCAGGAAGAAGGGUUUACCAGCUGACAUUCGUCAAGCUUUAAUGGUGAUGGUUAACCACUGCAUAAAGCGAGACUACCUUGCUGCAAUGGACCACUACAUCAAACUAGCUAUCGGGAACGCGCCAUGGCCUAUUGGAGUGACUAUGGUUGGUAUUCACGAACGUUCAGCUCGAGAGAAGAUUUACACCAACAGUGUUGCUCACAUCAUGAACGAUGAAACCACUCGCAAGUAUCUUCAGUCAGUUAAAAGACUGAUGACUUUCUGUCAAAGACGUUAUCCAACUAUGCCUUCUAAAGCCGUUGAGUUCAAUAGCUUAGCCAACGGAAGCGACUUACAGUCUUUGCUAGCCGAAGAGAGAUUCUUUGGUGGUAAUCGUGAACAGGUCUCAGAGGAGAGACUCCGGCUCAUGCCUUCUCAGAGCGAAAGCUAGUCUUACUGUGUUUUCUGCUUUGUUGUGUUUUUAUUUUUGUAUCAAAACGUUGACUCUGUAUUAUCGUCUAUUUAAAACGUUGACCUGAUUGUCUAGUCUUAUGUGGCAUGUGGGAAACAUAUCCAAACUCAUAAAACGACAUGGCCUAAAGAUCUAGUAAGGGUAAGAGGAGAAUCGAAUCUUGGAACCUUAUUGGUCCAAAUGGUAUGA